AUGACGGAAACCACUGCUGCGCCCAACGCCGCCGCCUCGGCGCGCGCCGCCGAACAGACUCGCCUCCGCAAGGAGCGCAUCGCCGCGAAGAUCAAGGCCGGCGGGGCAUCGCGGCUCGGCAGGAUCCAGGGCUUGAACGGGCGAGACGUAGACGGUGCUUCGCCUGCUGCUACUGCUGCUGCGACGACGACGACGAAGCCGGCGCUGACAGAAACCCCCGCGCCUGCUGCUGCCGCUACCGCUGUACACGCCGACCCCGACGAAGUCGACAUUUCGACGCACUACUACCAGCCGCCAACGCGAAGCCGGCCGCCGCAGCUGCAGCCGCAGCCCAGUGCCAGCGACAUGUCCGAGGCGCAGUUGCGGCAGAUGAUGCUAGGGUUUGACGGUCCGCCGGGCGGCGUGGGGCCAGACAUGAUGGGCGGCGACGACCCCAUGAUGCGCAUGAUGAUGCAGAUGCUCGGCGGGCCUGGGGGGGCAGGAGGCAUGCCGGGGCUAGGCGGGGCAGGCGCAGGAGGGGACAUGCCGUUUCCGUUUCCGGGAGCAGCCGGGGGGAUGGCGGGCGGCCCGUUCGGCAACAUGCCGUUUCCGCCCAUGGGGCAGCAGCAGCAGGCGGUCGUGCUGCCCGACCGCUACGCGGCGCUGUGGCGACUGCUGCACACUACCGUCGCGCUCGGGCUCGGGCUGUACAUUGCGCUGUGGACUUCGUUCAGCGGCACCAAGGCGGAGCGGACCGCGGCUGCGGCUCGCGCGGCGUGGACCGACGUCACCGAAGAGCAGCGCGAGCGGGACGACGAGCAGACGCUGGCGCGGAAAUUCUUCUGGGCGUUCGCCACGGCCGAGGCGCUACUACUGACGACGCGCUUCUUCGUCGACCGCCGCGGCCGCGGCAGCCCGCUCGCCGGCGCCGGCGCCGGCGGAAUAGGCGGAGGCCUGCUCGGCAUGGCCGCUGGGUUCAUUCCCCAGCCCUUUAAAGGCUAUCUAGAGCUCGCGCUGCGCUACUUCCAGAUUUUCAGUACUGUCAAGGCCGACGUGCUAGUGUGUCUAUUUGUGCUAGGCGCAUGUUCGUGGUGGAGAUCGUAG